CUUUCCUAUGCAAAUUAUUCUAUUGCUUCUGUUUCUAGGAACAGAUGGUACAAAAGUUUGAAAGAAGUCUGCAUCGAUGACUCUAUUCCAUUAGCGGCGUUAAACAACCUCCCUCAAAAUCUUAAAGAUGAGUGAAGAUUCUUGUCCAGGAAAACCAGGAGAUUUAGUGGUAUUCAUAAGAGAGAAGGGUUUAUAUAGACACUAUGCGGUGAAUGUGGGUGACGGCUACAUCAUACAUGCAACUUCCGUGUCAGACGAGCCUGUGGGCAGUUGUAUAUGUACAAGCUCAAAAAUGGCAAAGAUAAAGAAAGAAAAGUACAGUCAUUUUAAGAAACAAGGGAAUGAAGUAAGAGUUGAAGACGGUUCUUGGAAAGGCAAACCACCGCUUCCCGUCGAGAAAAUCAUCAUGAGAGCUAAGUCGCAAGUCGGCAGGAGUAUAUUUUACAGCAUACUGUCUAACAACUGUGAGCAUUUCGCUCGCUGGUGCCGCUACGGAGAAGAAAGUAGUGACCAAGCCAAAAACCUCGGUAUUGGGCUUGUAGUAUUAGGUUUGGCUUUGGUUGGUUAUUUCUGGUCACGCAAGUAAAAAAAGUAAGGAAUAUGGCGUACCAUCCCCGCCAAAAUGCAUGGUUUCAAUUUGAAGUUCAUCACAUGAAUUUUACACUCUAGUAGAUUAUUUCAUAUUGCUGUAUUUUACAUGCUUCAUCAAGGUUUAAACAUAAGUGUCUUUUAUUUGUCAUUGAUAUUUAUAUUCGAAUUUGUCACUGAUUCAUUCUAAACUCCACGCCAUGAAUUUGUCGUACGAGUUUCACAGUACAUAUUCGACGAAUCUUAUUUCCAACUCGACGUCUUGGAUUGAACUUCACUCUCCAGUGACUUCGGCUGACCAUGGGAACCGUUGGUUUAAACAAAGCAGGCUCCCAGGUGAUCUCGUUUUGACAGCCCAUCAAAAACCAGCCAAUUGGCUGUGGGAACUAUGGCGGCCGCAGUCAGAGAAAAUAACUCUGACACCUUGCUUUCCUAGCUACGUUAUGGACUAGCAAUGCAUUUAGAAUUUUACCUAUACUUACAAAUGGGGCAUUGUGUUUUCAAUUUUUUUAAAAUGAAAUUAUCGUGAAAUGAUACAUCUUUGUUCGCCGAUAAACAACUGAAACUUAGGACCGUCUGAUCAACUACAACAAUCCUUUGCACGCGUUCCCCAAGAUCACCUGGCUCUCUUUCUGCUCUCUCUCAACUCGAUAUAAACUGUCAAGAGGAUGAAUAUAGCAGCAUAUUGCUUCUCUUAGAGUACUUGUAAAAACCGUACAAUUAUUACUAUUUAGUAGUAUAGGGGAUGGGGGUUCCAAAACAGUGACCAACGGAGGAUUACCCGUCUAAAGUGAAUUCCUCGAUUCGUGCCGUUAUUACCCGCAUCACGUGUCUAUGUAGUUAAAUAUGUUAGUCUAUAUAUGGAGUGUGAAGAAUGUAAAGAGUUUGUUUAUGACUUUUGUGUAAAGUGCUUGAAACCUAAGUUUGUACCUACUAA